GAAUAUUUUUUUGAAAAUAUUGGUUGAUUUUUAUUGCAUAAAGAUACAAAGGAAAAUGGCACAAUGGUCGUUGAAUACUUAUCUUCAAAACGUAAGUAAACUAUUUUUACAACAACAUUAUCUGGAACCAGAAGAUUGGGCAGAUCUGUUGUGCUUUGAGCAUCCUCAUGUUGCAAAUCCUAAGCUUCAACUGGAAAGACCAGAGUCUGCUGUACAGAGGGUGUUUGAUACCCCAUUAGAUGAGCUUGUAGCUGCUCACAUCAGAUGCUGUUGGGCAGUAGGCAACCAUGAUUUUAUAGAAGCUUACGGAUGUCAGGCGGUUGUUGUACAAGCUUUUACCAAGUUUUUUCAAAGCCAGAAAGAUGAGAACUGGUCAUUACCUAUCAUGUUUGCUGUAUGUUUGGAUCUCAGGAAAUUUGCUAAUUCAGCUGAUGCUCAGGCACAGAAGAAAGGUAGGGGUAAGGCGGGAGAGAGACUGGAGAAAGCCGCGGAGCUGCUAAUGGGCUGCUUCAGGGUCUGCGCCGACAAUCGGGCCUCUGUAGAGGACACAAAGAAAUGGGGAAUGUUGAAUCUUGUUAAUCAGCUGUUUAAAGUUUACUUCAAGAUAAAUAAGUUGCACCUCUGUAAACCCUUGAUCCGUGCCAUUGACAGUCUACCAUUGAAGGACAGAUUUCCUCUUGCCCAACAAGUCACUUUUAGAUAUUAUGUUGGGAGAAAAGCCAUGUUUGACAGUGACUUCAAAAGUGCUGAUGAAUUCCUCACCUUUGCCUUUACCAGAUGUCACAGACUGAGUAGGAAGAACAAACGGAUGACCCUUAUAUAUCUCCUUCCUGUCAAAAUGCUAUUGGGAUACAUGCCAUCACAAAGAGUGUUGAAGAAAUAUGAUCUACUGCAGUUUGCUGAAGUUGCACAAGCUGUUAGUUCAGGAAAUCUCCUCUCACUAAAUAAUGCAUUAGAGAAAAAUGAAGCAUUCUUCAUCAAAUGUGGCAUCUACCUCAUCUUAGAAAAACUCAAGAUCAUCACAUAUCGCAAUCUCUUCAAGAAAGUUUAUCUCAUCCUGAACACCCAUCAGCUCCCCAUUGAUGCAUUCACUACAGCACUGAGAAUGAUGAAGGUUGACGAUAUAGACAAUGAUGAGACAGCAUGUAUAAUUGCCAACCUGAUAUAUGAGAACAAAAUCAAGGGCUACAUUUCCCAUCAACAUCAGAAGCUAGUGGUCAGCAAGCAGAAUGCCUUUCCUAAGCUCUCAACUGUUCUUUGAAAGUUUAAUGAGUUCACAUCCAUGAUAAGACUUUGGGCUCUGAUAAUGUCAGCCAGUUUCUAGAAAUAUCAUAUGAAGUAGCUUUUUCUAGAAAAGUCAAAAAUGUUGUGGAAACAUACUUUUUAUUGUGUCAGUUUAAUGAAGUCUAACUUGUUUGGACUAUAAAAUUCAUGACAAAUAUGAAGGCUUUGAAGUUCAAAGAAGAAUGCAUUGUGCAAUAGAAAAACAGUUGUAAAUUCUGUUCAUUUUGUUGCAGCAGACAGUUACAUGUAUUA